AUGGCCCCUUUCAUUUUAAAUCCACACACAGUCUCAGGACUACGACAAAAUGCACGAGUGGAAUCUGAUGCACCUGAUGGCACGCCAUUAUAUGAUCUAGAUCAACUUGUGAAUUACACCGUGAAGGAGAAGCAGAUAGAUGGAAUAUCAUUCGAGCCGACAGAGCCAAUUUUAGAAGACAAUAAAGAGAAAUUACUUGAUAAGCCUGUUCAACCGUUAGGAUUUGAAUAUACAGAUAGCAAUAUGCUAUCAUUUGAGUCCAUAACAGCUCAAGUUUUAGAAGAUCAUCAAAAAGUUAAGGAUAAGAUGAGGGACUAUAUGAUAAUCAGAAACCAGGCAAGAAAUCAAAAGAUUGAGGCUUUACAAGAUGAUUAUAUGACAUUACAAAUUGAUUGGGAAGCUAGAUGCAAUAAGGAUAUCAAGAUUGCAUCAGCACCACAAAUGCCUAACAAAAGGUCGAGAAGGGGUGACGCGGUUGUGCAUGUUGAGCUUACAAAUAGAAGGAAUGCAAAUAUGUCGCGAAAACCUGCAUCCGCGGUACCUCAACACGUUGUCGCGGAAGCUACGCCUACACCACCUGCAGAAUCAUCUGAGAUGGAGGUGACAGAUUCUAGUUCAGUUUUCGAUAAAGCUGUACAAGAAGCAGAGCCAUUACACCUCGUUGACGAGAAUAGUAAGGAGGAAAUGGAGAAUGAAAAAGUUUUAUCACGGAUGUUGCAGAGAUUACAGGCGAUUGAUAAAAAGGAUCCACACGUUAAGGCGGAGAGAACUCAAGCCCAUAUACCCAAUCAAGAGCUCAGUUCGAUCGAUAGAUGGUCUUGCGCGUAUAAUGACGCGAAUGCCAGAGUAUUGGAUCCAAUCAGCUACUUCGAGCGUAGUCAUGAAUCUGAAUUCUGGAGCGAAGAUGAAAAGGAAAUAUUUUUGAAAGCAUAUGUCGACACACCAAAGUCAUUUGCUGAAAUCGCGGAGAAAAUCCCAAACAAGAGUGUUCAAGAUUGCGUACUUUUCUAUUACAUGAAUAAGAAGGUAAGAGUUGAUUAUGAGAAGUGUCAUUAUAGAUUCAAGGGACUAUCAUUUACUAGACGAGGUGUGAUGAGACGUGGUAAGCGUAAUCGUAAAGGAGGUGCACUUCUUGCAGAUAUUUCAACUACGCAAUCACGAGAGCAGAAGACAGUACCAUCUGCCCCGCAUCACCUCGUAACUUGAACAUUUAGAGAACUUUAAGCGCAUCCUCGAUUUGAUUCAUAAAAGCGACUAGUUUCUUCUGCUCAGUUUCUAAGAAAAUGAGCGUAAAUUGUAAUUAUUAUUAUAAGAAUAUUUGUAUUACCUUGCCUGUCAUGCUCGAGCUCGAUUUCUUUGAGACCGUCGUUGAUCUCGAGUGUUAACCUGUCAGUUUCGUAGUUCUUCCGAGUAUUGAGCCAGCAAUUGAAGAGCAAGCAUAUCUUCUGCAAUCUCAAAGACAAAUCUAUACAGUCUAGUUAGCCAUCUCUGCGUUAGAAAAAUUGCACAGGAGAUCUCAACUUGGAUCAUGAAUAGAGUCCAAAUUCUCUGACUGCUUGAAUUCUUCUAAGAGGCUGUCCUUAUCAAAUUUCUCUAAUUUAAAUUUAUUUUUAUUCAUCUUC